UCCGGCCAAUGAGGCGGCGGGGUGGGGCGCGGCUCUCGCGAGAGCGGCGCGGGGCCCGGGCGGCGGAACCAUGUUGCGGGCGGUGGCGGCGCAGCGCCUGAGGCGGGCGGCACCGCUGCUCCGGAGAUUUCAGAGCACAUUAGUCAUAGCAGAACACAACAAUGAAACUCUUACACCCAUCACACUAAAUGCUAUCACUGCGGCGAAACGUCUUGGAGGUGAAGUUUCUUGUUUAGUAGCUGGUACCAGCUGUGACAAGGUAGCACAAGAAGUCAGCAAAGUUCAGGGUGUUGCAAAAGUUCUAGUGGCUCAGCAGGAUGCAUACAAGGGAUUUCUAGCAGAGGAGCUGACUCCCUUGAUUGUGGAAACUCAUAAAAAAUUUAAUUACACCCACAUUUGUGCUGGAGCAUCUGCCUUUGGGAAGAAUCUUAUUCCCAGAGUGGCCGGCAAACUCGAUGUUGCCCCUAUUUCUGACAUCAUUGAAAUUCAGAAACCAGACACCUUUGUGAGAACUAUCUAUGCAGGCAAUAUUCUUUGCACUGUGCAGUGUGAUGAACCGAUUAAAAUAUUUACCAUACGGGGAACUUCUUUUGAGGCCGCACCAACAAGUGGUGGUAGUGCCAGUUUAGAAAAGUUAACCCCUCCGCCGCCUGUCGGUCUGUCUGAAUGGAUUGAGCAGAAGUUGACAAAAAGCGAUCGACCAGAGCUUACUAGUGCAAAAGUGGUUGUAUCGGGUGGGAGAGGCUUGAAGAGCGGUGAAAAUUUUAAGUUGUUAUAUGACCUUGCAGAUCAGUUGCAUGCUGCAGUUGGAGCUUCCCGUGCAGCUGUUGAUGCUGGCUUUGUUCCUAAUGACAUGCAAGUUGGACAGACGGGCAAAAUAGUAGCACCAGAACUUUAUAUUGCUGUGGGAAUAUCUGGAGCAAUCCAACACUUGGCUGGGAUGAAAGACAGCAAGGUACAUAAAGAUGGAUGUGCAAGGGAAGAUUUUUGAGGAAGGAAAUGAGUUGACUUCCUUGCUUUUAUGCUGGUAUUUUAGCCAGUUUUCCAAGUUUUUUAAGGUUAAAAUGGCCAGUUUGUCUCCUUUAAAACAUGCUGGCCCUCCGAGCCUUGCCAAAAAAAGGUAUUGUGGCAAAACAUCUAACAUCUAGUAGAAAACCUGGUAAAAGAAGUGGUAAGUAGAAGCAGCUAGUUGAGUGUGUUUAUUAAGAAACCCAAACAAACCACGUGCCUGACUUCUAUACAAUAGUUCCAUUUGCGUUUAUUUCAAUAUGACAUAUUAAUUCAUGCAUAACAAUGUGCAAUUUGAAUUAUGAACUUACUAUUCCAUAAAGUAAGAGAUGUCUCUGACAUUCCUGCAUUUAGCCAUUCAAAUGGAAACCUAUUAUAAAACGGCAGUAAAACUUUAAAAGGUUUAACUCAUUAGUUGCCAAAGCAAAUAAUCCAACCUUGGAAUUGCCGGUUUGGUGCAGCGUUCGGAGAGAGGAGUGGAAUUACCUGCUGAAUCGUAAUAUCAAAUGCCAAACAUCAACAACUGUCCUGCCUUCCUGCAAGUAAAUGCAGAAAAAGGA